UCAAGAUGGCCAUGUCUCCACUCGAAAACCUUUAUGGGGGCUACCUCGCGUUCCUAUACUACCAACGGUUCCCCCAUGAUCACAUUGUCGUUAAAAGCAUCGUCGCAGUAUUAUGAUGUUCCACCUUGUUGUUUCCGCGUAUAGCGAGUGGAGUGGAUUGAUUGUGUUGUUCGGGAGGCCCUUGACUUCCACUAAAUGGAUCAACACAGUCUACCAGUUACUUACGGUCAUAUGCUCGGUCAUUGUCCAAUUCUUCUUCGCUUAUCGGCUGCGUCAAAUAACCGUGUUUACUAAGAUCGUCAUGACGAUCGCGCAACUCAGCACAGGCCUCGUAAUUUGGAUUAGAGAAUAUCUCGCAUGGGAUCGGAAGUAUUGUACAUUCAACCCGGCCACUCAUCAUCGCGUGGCUCACGAUAGAGGCAGCCUCGGACCUUCUCAUUGCUGCCUCGAUGUCACUGUACCUUAGGAGGAUGCGGACAGGAUUUCCUCGUACGGACUCGGUCGUACGAUUUUUAACGAUAUAUGCCGUUAACACGGGUUUAUUAACUAGGUACGUGCUGGUACGAGAUUGCGGUAGUUAGUGAAGCAGCUGAGCCUCCAUGCCGUUUUCGCCCCAUUUAGCCUGGCAGCUAUGGCAAUCAUGUUUGCUGUCCGUGGGCUGGCAUCUCAUAUGAACGGACCCGAGAGCUGACACGUUGUGUUUGU